CAUCCCGCACGCAUCUGUCGGGUCAGAACACAGAAAGCUAAUUAGGGGCACUGCCUGGACUGAAACCAACAAGAAAAAGUCAUCAAAUCCCCAAUUUACUCUUUUUAUCAUCUCCUUCCUCCUCUCCUUCUCCAAUUUCUUAUUCCUCUCACCAUUUCCUUCUCUCCGAUUACUCAAAUGUGAACUCUUCUUCUUCUUCUUCUUCUUCCGACAAAUCAUGUCCUUGUCUCACACUCUUGGCGGUCCAUCUCGUUGCGGCCGCGUGCUUGGACCUUCCUUAGACAAGAUCAUCAAGAACGCUGCCUGGCGCAAGCACUCUCACCUCGUCUCCUCCUGCAAAUCUGUUCUCGACAAGCUCGAAACCCUCUACGAUUCCUCCUCCCCUGAUCCUUCCUCUCCUCUAUUUGGUCUCUCCCCCUCCGACGCCGAUUCCGUCCUCCAACCACUCCUCUUCUCUCUCGAUACCGCCUACGGUAAGGUGCUCGAGCCUUCGUUAGAUUGCACCUUCAAGCUCUUCUCUCUCUCUCUUCUCCGCGGCGAGAUCCACUCAUCUGCUUCUGAUUCCUGCCUUUACAGGCUCAUCUACUCCGUCUGCAAGGUUGCUGGAAUUGGCGAGGAGCCUGUUGAGCUUGCUGUCCUUCGCGUAUUGCUAGCUGCUGUUCGCUCCCCGUGUGUUCUCAUUCGGGGCGAUUGCUUGCUUCACGUUGUUCGUACUUGUUACAAUGUCUAUCUCGGGGGACAUAGCGGGACCAAUCAGAUCUGUGCCAAGUCUGUUCUCGCUCAAAUUGUGCUUAUUGUUUUCGCCAGAGCAGAGGAGGACUCCCUGCACGUUUCCUUCAAGUCCAUCUCUGUUAGUGAACUCUUGGCAUUCACCGAUAAGAACGUCAAUGAAGGAAGCUCUGUUCAGUUCUGUCAGGGCUUUGUGAAUGAGAUAGUUGCGGCCAGUGAAGGGGCUCCCUCUUCUGAUAUCAAGCUUUCGUUGCAAACCCAAGUGCCUCCAAUGCGGAACGGUGAAGGGGAUGAGAAAGGUGACGAGGCCUUUGAUGGAGCGGAUUCACACAGUGGCGGCAGCAGCAGCAGCAAGAUUAGGGAGGAUGCCUUUCUUCUUUUUAAGAAUCUCUGCAAAUUGUCCAUGAAAUUCUCAUCACAAGAAGACCCGGAUGAUCAAAUCCUUAUCAGGGGAAAGACUCUCUCUCUGGAGUUGCUCAAGGUCGUCAUCGACAAUGGAGGUCCUAUUUGGCGCUCAAAUGACAGGUUUCUCAAUGCUAUCAAACAAUAUCUCUGUCUAUCACUCUUAAAGAACAGUGCAUUGUCGGUUAUGUCUAUUUUCCAGCUUCAGUGUUCGAUCUUUAUUAGCUUGUUAUCGAAAUUUAGAUCAGUUCUGAAAGCGGAAAUUGGCAUAUUCUUCCCCAUGCUUGUCCUUCGGGUGCUUGAGAAUGUUCUCCAGCCGAGUUUCUUGCAGAAAAUGACUGUCCUUAAUUUAUUGGAGAAGAUCUCACAGGAUUCACAGCUAAUCAUUGAUAUAUUUGUGAACUAUGACUGUGAUGUAGAUUCUCCAAACAUAUUUGAAAG